AUGGCAGCGACUAGUUUUCUGCGAUCAUCGUUUUUGUCGAAACUGAGAACAUCGUGUAAGAAUAACUAUCGUCCAUUCUCAGCAAAACCCACUGCUUCUUCUACUACUACCGACAAGAGCUACUUUGAGGAAGAACAAGUUCCAACUUCUGGAAUAAGCAGGCCGCUUUCAGAAAUCCUCAAAGAGCUCAACAAGAAGGUCCCAGAUUCUCUAAUCAGAGCUCGCACUGAAUCUGAUGGGUUUUCUAUCAAAUACAUUCCCUGGCACAUAGUCAAUAGGAUUAUGAACUUGCAUGCUCCAGAAUGGUCUGGUGAAAUCCGUAGCAUCACUUAUUCAGCUGAUGCCAAAUCUGUAUCUGUUGUUUAUCGUGUAACGCUCUAUGGGACUGAUGCAGAGAUCCAUCGGGAAUCAACAGGAACUGCUUCAACGAGUGAGCCAGGUUAUGGUGACCCGGUGCAAAAGGCAGAAGCAAUGGCAUUUCGUCGAGCUUGUGCUCGUUUUGGGCUGGGGCUUCAUCUUUACCAUGAAGAUAUGCAAUAG